UAGAACACGUUUUGCAAAAUCUUCCCACAAAAAAUUGUCACUACCCAAGAAUACGAAGCAAAUUAAUUUACUUACACAUAUUCCGUUAGUACAUACAUACAUUCUUAAUUAAAAUGCAGUCACCGGAUUCUUCUUCAUCACCAUCAGGAUCUGAAUCGGGCGUCGAUGUCUGCAAAGGAUUUCUUGCCCAGGAAGAAGAAAAAAUGAGAAAGUUGGAAAAUGAGGUGGCCCAGUACGAGCGUGAUCUUCAACCAGCUCUCGAACGUGUGCGUGAAAUCGAGGCACACAUAACUGCACGAAAGGACCAGAUCAAAAGCAUGCAAAUUCUGACAAAUAGCGUGAAGAGGGGAAUAGAAUUGAAUGAUGACGAGCUACCCAGGAAACGGCGUCGAGUAAUUGAUUGGGGACGCAAGUCUGUACUUCAGUUUGCCUCAUCAACUUCAACGCCAGCAUCUAUUCCAGUAUCUGUUAUCGUGGGAAACAGCAUUGUCGUAAUUGUCAAGGCUCCAAUCGUGGCGAAGAGAUUCAACGUCAUCCAGUUCCAGCCAAAAUAGGAGGCUCCAUUUCAUUUACUGGAGGAGGAACAAAACCUUUAAACCGACCACUUUCGAAUAACCGGGCAGGUCCAGGGAUCCCAAAAAGAGGCCGACUAUAUGUAUCCAUCU